GUGCGCGUGUGUGUGACAGUACCGGGCUGAGCUGCUCGAGUCAUGGCGGCUGCGCCCGCGAACCCGCGCACCGCGAGCCCGAAAGCGCAACUGCCGCCCUGCUAUUACGAGGGUUUCCUGGAGAAAAGAGGAGCGAAAGAGAAGGUGGCUCGUCGUUUAUGGACCUGUUUAUGUGGAAACACGUUAUACUUCUUCAACAACACUAAGGACACGCAUUAUGUAGAGAAGUUGGAUCUGAGUGGGUUCGUGUCUCUGAUCGAUGACCCAAGUCGAGAUAGGAAUCUGGAAGCAGCCAGAUUGAACCUCCGCAUGAAGGAUGGAGAAAUCAAGCUCACUGCACCAAAUCUCGAGGCACGUGAGCUGUGGAAAGGAUUUCUCUACUCUGUCGUAGAUCUGGCCGUGCCCACGACUCUCACCCUCCUGCCCGGGCAGCUGCACAUGCUGAAGGAAGUCGUGGAGAAAGAAAAGAUGCGUCGAAAGGCACGUGCGUCUUCCAGAGCCCCCUCAUCCCCCCUCUCGCUCCCGCUGGUGGGGGAAAUACCUGCGUGUUUCAGGCCUGUGUCUCGAACUGAAGCUGAGGUGCUGUUAGAAAGACAUCCGGACUGUGGGAACAUGCUACUCAGACCGGGCCGGGAUGGAUCUUCACUCGCUGUCACCACACGACAAGACCUGAACGGAUCAGUGUUCAGGCAUUACAGAGUGACACAGAAGCAGCAGGGUGGUUACAUCAUCGACGUGGAAAACCCAAUCCCCUGUCCCACACUGCAUGAUGUCAUCAAUGCACUCGUGGAAAAAACGGCCGGGACUCUUCAGCCCUUCAUAUUAGAGGAGCCUUAUGAGGAGAACAUCACGUUUGUGUCAUCCAAUGAUGAGAAUGGAGAGCGAACCCUGCACUGUGCUCCCACUGGACCUCUCUCUCGAGCUCCAUCACUGCCCCGGAAACAAGUAGGUACAGACAGAUGGACGCUGCGGUCACAGACGAGAUCUCCCAGUCCCUCAACACGAUCCUUUUCCCCAUCUGGCUCUCCAUCCAACUCCAUGAGAAGACUGGUUCUGUCUCCCUCGCCUCUCUCUCAGAGCCUCACAGACGAGCUUAAACAGAAGCUGGAGAAGAGACGGACUAGUCAAGAUUGAUUUCCUCCUCAUUUCUGCCCACUCUUCGCCGUCUCAAUCUUCCAGUGCCUUCCAAUAAAGACUGAUGUCCUGUUGAAGGAACAAGGACUCCCUCUAAUCGACAUUCUUCCCUCAGCGUGACGUCUUAAACAAUGCCACUUUAUUAAUAACACGAGAGCCGAAGUCCACCAGCUUGUCCUGCCUCAUGAUAGGCUGUCAUACAAUGUCGCGUGUUCCUUUGAGAUUACAGAAAAUUAAAAAGGGGAAAAUCUGAGCCAAUAUUCUUUAUAUCUCUUUCUCUCUCUCUAUUUAAUUAAUAAGACCUUUACACUCCGGUUUGUAAUGACAAAACCAAGAGUCAAGAGGACAUUUCCCCACACAUUUAAGAAAGAAGCACAUCACAGGACUUAAUCUGGUUUCAAUCAAGCACCUACUGUGAACUGGAUAUGCACAGAUGAAUGUGAAUAUGGUGUUGUUCGGGGCACGGUCCAAAAUUAGCACGUCCCAUUGCCAAAUGCAAAUAUAAUUGGACAAAUAUGUAUUGCUUUUGGCCUAAAUUGAAUCAGUUCAUGCAUUCCCUGGAAUUCAAACUCAUGACUAGCACCGUUUGAGCUACUAUAAUGGAAAUAAAAACAGAAAUAUGAACAUAAUACAUGAUUUAAAUCGAAUUGUAAAACUGACCCACACUGACUUGACAUUAGGCUACUGAAAAUAAAAUAUAUAAAAAAUAUUAUAUACAUUAUAUAUAAUGUAUUUUCAUGUCCAGUAAGAAAUAUGGCCUUACAUUUUGAGAGGAGUGGCAAAAGUUAAUUUUUGACCCUGCUUCCGCGUGUCUGUGUGUUUUGAAAUUUGAAUGACGCUCAUUUUGGACACAUUUGCAGGAGAAACAGGAUUAUGAGGCAGGUUUUUGCUUUGAAAAAAAAAGGUAAAUUGAAAAAAUUGAGGAAAAAAAAAAGGGGGGUAAUGAAUAUAAAGUACAAUUCAGCCUUCUAGAAGCGAGUAUGGUUUGUAAGCGUUUAGGGAUAGGUUGUGAAAUUGUUGCAUUUGUGUUCCUGGUUAACCAACUGUCAUUAUCAGUUUUAUGAACAUGCAUGGUGCUACUGUGACUCUGUAGAUAUCUGUUUUCAUGUGAUGUUAAACUUAUUUCUUGUUAUUUAUAACUGUGAUAUGUAUGGGAAUUAAAGGGAAGGUUUUAUACAA